CUUAGCUCAUCGCAAUAAAAAGCAGCUCGGUCUAUGCUAGCUUAUUUAGUGACUGGCUGCACAGGGGAUACUUCGUCCAAGCAUCUCCCUCUGAGGGAUCUGCCAGCAAAGACCAGGAUCAUGUGGACGACCCAACUUGUGCCAGUGCUGAUGCUGCACCUUUUCCUCUCCAUCACCAUACCCCCGUCAGAGGCUCAAAAGCAACGAAGAAGCACCCUUCAUGAAUUCAAAAAGACGGCAGAGAUUACACUAAUUAAGGUGGAUCGAGCACUCUAUUCAAAAGCCAAAAAGUUGAACACCACAGAACUAUGCGCCCACAGAUGCAGUAAAAAUAAAGGCCUUCCAUUCUCGUGCAAGGCCUUUGCUUUCGACAAAGCAUUGAAGAGAUGCCACUGGUUCUCAUUCAAUAGCAUGACGAAUGCAGUGAGGAAGAAGCAGGACCAUGCAUUUGAUCUCUAUGAAAAGAAAGACUAUAUUAGAAAUUGUAUCAUUGGGAAAGGGGGAAGCUACAAGGGAACUGUUUCUGUUACUAAAAGUGGAAUUAAGUGCCAGCCGUGGGAUUCCAUGAUACCACAUGAACACGGCUUUUUGCCUUCGAGCUAUCGGGGUAAAGACCUGCAGGAAAAUUAUUGUCGGAAUCCUCGUGGGGAAGAAGGAGGACCGUGGUGUUUCACAAGCAAUCCAGAGGUACGCCAUGAAGUCUGUGACAUUCCUCAGUGUUCCACAGUUGAAUGCAUGACCUGUAAUGGCGAGAGUUACAGGGGCCCCAUGGAUCACACUGAAUCAGGCAAGGAAUGUCAGCGUUGGGAUCAACAGACCCCACACCGGCACAAAUUUCUACCAGAAAGAUACCCUGACAUGGGCUUUGAUGAUAAUUACUGCCGCAAUCCCGAUGGCAAGCAGAGGCCGUGGUGCUACACUCUUGACCCUGACACCCCCUGGGAGUACUGUGCCAUUAAAACGUGUGCUCAUAGUACUGUGAACAACACUGACAUAAACACCGAAACAACUGAGUGUAUCAGAGGUCAAGGGGAAAGCUAUCGAGGAACCAUCAAAGAGACAUGGAAUGAAAUUGAAUGUCAACGCUGGGACUCUCAGCAUCCUCACCAGCACAAUAUAACUCCUGAAAACUUCAAGUGCAAAGACUUAAGGGAAAACUACUGCAGAAACCCAGAUGGAGCUGAAUUACCCUGGUGUUUCACUGUUGACCCAACCAUCCGCAUAGGCUAUUGCUCCCAAAUCCCCAAGUGUGAUGUUUCAAGUGAACAAGACUGUUAUCGUGGGAAUGGCAAGAAUUACAUGGGGAAUUUAUCCAAAACAAGAUUUGGGCUGACUUGCUCUAUGUGGGAAAAGAAUAUGGAAGACUUACACCGGCAUAUUUUCUGGGAACCUGAUGCUAGCAAGCUGAACAAGAAUUACUGCCGCAAUCCUGACGAUGAUGCUCACGGUCCGUGGUGUUACACUGGCGACCCUCUUGUCCCAUGGGACUACUGUCCCAUUUCUCGGUGCGAAGGUGAUACAACACCUACAAUAGUCAACUUGGAUCAUCCUGUCAUUUCUUGUGCCAAAACGAAACAGUUGCGGGUGGUCAAUGGAAUCCCAACACGAACCAACGUAGGAUGGAUGGUUAGUUUGAAGCACAGAAACAAGCAUAUCUGUGGCGGUUCAUUGAUCAAGGAAAGUUGGGUUCUAACGGCGACACAGUGUUUCCCUUCACGAAACAGAGAUUUGAAAGACUAUGAAGCUUGGCUCGGAAUUCAUGAUGUCCAUGGAAGAGGAGAUGAAAAACGCAAACAGGUUUUAAAUAUAUCUCAACUGGUGUUUGGCCCUGAAGGAUCAGAACUGGUGUUACUAAAGCUUUCUAGACCUGCAAUAUUGGAUGAUUUUGUUAGCACCAUUGAUUUACCCAAUUAUGGAUGCACAAUUCCAGAAAAAACUACAUGCAGUGUUUAUGGAUGGGGCUACACUGGAUUGAACAAUGUUGAUGGUCUUCUCCGCGUUGCUCACCUCUACAUCAUGGGAAAUGAGAAGUGCAAUCAGUACCACAAAGGGAAGAUCACCCUGACUGAAUCUGAAAUCUGUGCUGGGGCAGAUAGGAUUGGGGCAGGACCAUGUGAGGGAGAUUAUGGUGGCCCUUUGGUGUGUGAACAACAUAAGAUGAGAAUGGUCCUGGGCAUCAUCGUUCCUGGGAGAGGAUGUGCUAUUCCAAACCGCCCUGGGAUAUUUGUCCGAGUGGCAUAUUAUGCAAAAUGGAUACACAAAAUCUUAUUGACAUAUAAGGUACCCCAAUCAUAGCUGAAAUUGGCAAUGAAUAUCUAAAACCUCAACCAAGCUCCAUUUUCACAUGAAGAUUUAAGAGAGCAUGAAAUUAAAGUGUCAUGUAUAAAAUCCUCCAAAAA